AUGCCACCAGUUUCCACAUCAAAGGCCAAAAGAGAAGCUAAAAAGGCUGAGAGAGAUGCUAAGAGAGCAGCAUCCGGUAAGCCUACUACCGCUCGUAGAACCAAGAAGAAGGAUGGCGACGACGCUGACCUCGCAGCAGACGAGAUUGCCAAGCUGAAGUUGCAGCAGGACAAAGACGGUAUUUCCGAUCGUGUCGUCACGGGUGUGCUUGACUCUUUGGAAACUUCUCGUGACGUGAAGAUGUCGUCCGUGUCGCUGCUAUUCCACGGUAAGGUUCUGAUCCAGGACUCGCAGCUGGAGUUGAACUACGGGCGGCGCUACGGUCUGCUAGGUGAGAACGGCUGUGGUAAGUCGACUUUCCUAAAGGCCAUUGCCUCCCGUGAGUACCCAAUCCCAGAAAACAUUGAUGUGUACCUGCUGGACGAGCCCGCUGAGCCCAGUGAGUAUUCUGCGCUAGAAUAUGUGGUCCGCGAGGCCCAAAAUGAGUUGAAGAGACUGGAGGAUCUUGUGGAGAAGAUUCUGUUGGAGGACGGGCCAGAGUCUGAGCUCCUGGAUCCUUUGUACGAGAAAAUGGACUCUAUGGAUCCUUCUACAUUCGAAUCCCGUGCCGCUAUCAUCUUAAUCGGUUUAGGUUUCAACGCGAAGACUAUUAAUAAGAAGACGAAGGACAUGUCGGGUGGCUGGAAGAUGCGUGUUGCAUUGGCCAAGGCGCUGUUUGUGAAACCUACUCUUUUGUUGCUGGACGAUCCUACCGCACAUUUGGACUUGGAAGCAUGUGUCUGGUUGGAAGAGUACUUAAAGCGGUUUGACCGUACGCUUGUUCUUGUCUCUCACUCUCAGGACUUUUUGAACGGUGUCUGUACCAACAUGCUUGACAUGAGGCUUCAGAAGCUAACUGCUUAUGGUGGUAACUACGACUCUUACGUGAAAACCCGUUCAGAAUUGGAGACGAACCAGAUGAAGCAGUACCACAAGCAGCAGGAAGAAAUUGCACACAUUAAGAAAUUCAUUGCUUCUGCAGGUACCUACGCAAACUUGGUGAAGCAAGCAAAGUCGAGACAAAAGAUCCUGGACAAGAUGGAGGCUGAUGGUUUGAUCCAGGCUGUUGUUGCAGACAGGGUUUUCUCUUUCCGGUUCCCAGAAGUUGAAAGAUUGCCUCCUCCAGUCCUGGCCUUCGAUGAGAUCUCUUUCUCCUAUGAUGGAAAUCCAGAAAACAACUUGUAUGAGAAAUUGAACUUUGGUGUUGACAUGGAUUCCAGAACCGCUCUAGUCGGUCCAAAUGGUGUUGGUAAGUCUACUUUGUUAAAGAUCAUGACCGGUGAGUUGACGCCACAUGGAGGCCGUGUUUCUAGACACACCCACGUUAAGCUUGGUGUGUACUCUCAGCACUCGCAGGACCAGUUGGACUUGACUAAGUCCGCGCUAGAGUUUGUCCGUGACAAAUAUGCCCAUAUCUCAGAAGAUUUCCAAUUCUGGAGAGGUCAACUUGGUCGUUACGGUUUGACUGGUGAAGCACAAACUGCCCAGAUGGCCACACUAUCUGAGGGUCAGCGUUCCCGUGUUGUGUUCGCUCUGCUAGCAUUGGAACAACCAAACGUUUUGCUUCUGGACGAACCUACUAACGGUCUUGAUAUCCCUACAAUCGACUCUUUGGCCGAUGCCAUUGAUGCCUUCAAUGGUGGUGUUGUGGUGGUUUCGCACGACUUCAGACUCUUGGACAGAAUUGCCAAGGAUAUCUAUGUCGUCGAGAACAAGACUGCAACCAGAUGGGAUGGUAGCAUCUUGGAUUACAAGAAUAAGUUGGCCAAGAACGUUGUUUUGUAA